AUGACCUAUAAGAGCACCUUCAUACGCACCAUUCUCCUGGCGUUCCCGCAAUUAGAGCGAUUUGCCAUGUUUGGUAGCAUUCAUGACGACACAGUGGAUGAGUUGGCCCAUGACGUUCACAAUGGGGUCCUUGAGUUCGGCAGAUGUCUCAAGAUGUUAUCUAUACCGUUAUUAUGCUUUGAAAAUCACGCCCCGGAGUGGGCACGUAUUGCCGGCUUCUUUCUACGCUCACUACCGAAAUUGGAGCAAAUUCAGUUGACUCCGUGGAGGGUCUUUGAUAUCGAUCAUCUGCUCGUUGCCCGAAAUGCCAAGGUGCAGAUAGGCUCUUCCGACGUCGAUUCCAACAUCACAUACUGUCGGGUGCCGGUGGAUGAGUCACUGCAGAGAUGGCCGUUCAACUCCUUCAAGCUCCCCACUGGAGGCUCUCUCGCGGAGGACGAUGCCAAAUGGAAACCGAUUUCGGACAUCACGAUUGAAACAGAUCUUUUCCACAACGACGGAGACGACGGAGACGACGGAGACAAUUGA